AUGUCUGAAUCACUUGCCGCUUUCCGGUCCGGGAGGAGUGACGACCUCCGGAAGCUCGCGGAAGAGCACUUCCAGCAUGACUUGAACGAGAAUGACCGCGACAUCUUGAGGACCGCCGGAAGCAAAGUCUCGACUCAUGCCAUGGUGGGCUCGUUGCUGGGCCUUGGUUUCGGCGUCUUGUGCGCUUUCAGACUACGAAAAAUGCGACUGGCCUACUUCAACGCUUUCAGAGCGAUGGAAAAGCCUGUUGAGGUUAAAUUUGCGGAUGGCCGUACCCAACCUAUCCCAGAUCUCACCGCCCAGCUUGCGCCUUCAAAAUGGGGUGACGCUGCCACAUAUUUCUUCUUUUCAGUCGGCGGUCUGUUUCUAGGUGGUGAGACAGGUCUUCUCUCAGGUACUGCGUCAGCGUCACGCACCAUCACGAAGAACCCUGAGGCCAAGGAGCGAAUAGAGAAGGCGUGGAAGAGCUAUCGCAUCGACGUGUUGAAGCAAGAGAUUAAGCAGCUGGAGGGAAAGUCAAAGCUUGAGCAGUUCUUCAGCUCAUGA